GUGUCAGCUGCCACCCCUGAAAUAAACCUUGCCACCCCACUUGCUAGUUUGUUUGCUUGUUUGUUUGUUUGUUUGUUUGAAACCAUUUUCAACCCUUCUUCCUACAUUUCUACUAAUGUUCCUGGGUCGCGUCUUAAAUACUGCCGUGUACUUCACAUAGUGCACUUCUUAGGUCGUUAGAGACAUUACUUUGUGCUGUAUAAAGUGUACAAUGCCUAGACGGUGGGAGGAAUUUAGGACACAGCCCAAGCCCCGGCUUUACUUCACUCAGUACAGGAAUGAAACGUAGACUUCCUGUUUUUGGUUUAAGACAAAACUAUGGGAUGGGAUUAAAACCAAAAUAAUAAUUUCGGAGUUUUAAUCCUGUAAAUGGCUUGAAGGCUGUUUUUUUUAUUUGUUACGACGCGAGAACUCGGAUAUUUUGGAUGGAUCGAAUUUGGCAGGACAUCCAUGAGGAUUGUGAUGGAGGAUCCCACAUGGUGGUUGGAGAAACUAAAGAAGAUGUAAGGAUGUGCUGAUACAAGACAAGGUGGCACGGUGGAUUGUGGUGUUUCCUCACAGCUCCAGGGUUCGAGCCUGAGCUCCGUGUGAUGUCUCGCACCGUCUGCUCGUGGGUUUCUUCCAGUAUCCUUCCACCCCCUCAAAAAAAAAAAAAAAAAAAAAAACAUUCCUGUAGUUGGAUUGGUGGCUCGAAAUGCUUGGAAGGAGAGCAUGGACAGCUCAGUGACCCUGUGGCAGUUCCUGCUGCAGCUGCUGCUGGACCCUGGCAAUGAGCAGCUCAUCUGCUGGACCAACGAGGAUGGCGAGUUCAAGCUGCUGCAGGCUGAGCAGGUGGCCAAGUUGUGGGGCGCUCGCAAGAACAAGCCCAGCAUGAACUACGACAAGCUAAGCCGAGCCCUGCGCUACUACUACGACAAGAACAUAAUUAAGAAAGUAAACGGGCAGAAGUUUGUAUACCGCUUCGUCUCCUACCCGGACAUUUUAAAAGCUGAUUACGCAGCCCGAGCUGAGGGGACCGAAGCGAGUCCCCUUCCUUCUCCCGAGCAACAACCAAACAAAGGCCAACCAGUGGGCAACAAACCGACCAAGGACACCUUCAAACCAGGCAGUGCGGCUCCGAGCCAGCCCAAAUCAUCUGGCCGGAACGACUACAUCCACUCAGGUCUGUACACGUCCUUCACAUUGACCUCUCUCCAGUCAGGAACGCAGCUCUUCAAGUCCAUCAAGAUGGAAAACCCCGGAGAGAAGAUGGCAGAGAAGAAGGAAGCCGCGCAGCCUCCGUCGGUCAUCAAAUUUGGGACCCCGCCUCUGAUGAAAGCGCCUACGCAGAGCGUGACGGAGAAGCCGACUCCGCCCGCGCAGCCGGUUCAGCCCCCGAUCCAGACAUCAGAGCCUGAGGAAAAGCAGCUCACUCCCACCACGCCGCUCGAGGUGAACUCUGGUACUGACGCAGCACCAAUGAACAUCAUCCUCUCAGGCAUUUCUCCUUCUCUGGGAUGUCCCUCGCCCUCUCCCAGCACACUCGCCGACUCCAAGGAGCUGAUCAUUGACACGGACGUCGAGUCCAUUUCCUCUCAGCCUACAGAGCUGCAGCUACAGGUUCAACCCUCGUCUGAAUCCAGCUGUUCGGACUUGUCUCUGUACCUGAGCCGUAGUCAGAGCGGCAAAACGUCGAAGAAGCCCCGAGGGCUGGAGAUCAUGCCCACGCUGUUGGUGAGCAGCUCGGACUUGAGUCCACUCAACCUGUCCAGUCCGUCGCUCCCUACAGCCUCGCUCACGCCGGCCUUCCUGCAGAGGCUUGUUAUUCGGACAGUAGAUGGCAGUAACGCACCAGUUUUGGAGACACCCUUGUUGCUCACACCAAGCCCUCUGCUCUCCAACAUCCAUUUCUGGAGCACGCUCAGUCCCGUCGCUCCCAUCAGCCCGGCCCGAAGACAAGGCGCGCACACACUCUUUCAGUUUCCGUCCGUCCUGAGCUCCAGCCAGUUCUCAGUGCCGGUACACAGUCUGGACGGCACCAACACACCAGGACCGCUUUCUCCAGACCCACAGAAGACAUAAGAGGAUAAAAAAAAAGGAAGGAAAAAAAGCAAAAUAGACUGCUGCGAUUGGUGGGUUUGCCUUUACACAAAACACACACACAUCCUCAUCCCACACCUUUGUUUGUCCGUGUUAAGAUGCAGACCCACCGCGUGUUACCUGUUGACCAAAUUCUCCCUUCUGGUGACUAAGGCGAUGAGUGAUUAGGACCUUCAUUACGGGUUUCAUGUGGAACUUCGUCUUCAGCCUGGAGGGAGAGUUGUGAUGGUGUUCUCUUUGCUCAAAUGGACGUCGAGCCAUCGGAGCGUAGUUCCUGAAAGGAUUAGUGUUAACUUCGUCAUUUCAAUUUGCUAGUGUUUGGGUUGUUUUCGGAGAUUGGCUUUCAGGGAAUCACUGUAAUCGCAGUUUGUUUCUUCAGGAGUUUUCACUCCUAUUACAGCGAUUCUUACGUGAUACUGAUUUUCUUUUUAUACUUUCUACAUAGGGAUGCAUCGAUUCCCCUGACCAAGUAUGUUUCUUGGUGCUCGUACAUACCGAAAUGAGUAACCUGCUUAGUAUCUAAUCACAUACAGACCAUUUUGCUUAUUUUAUGUUGCCCCAGUUUAAACAGCGAUCAGGAAACCAUGUUCUUUGUAUAAAGGUUAGCCAAGUUGAUUUCAAAGCAUAUUAGCUACCUAUUUUACUGAUACAAGGUGACUAUCGAUGCAUCCCUACUUCUACAUCGUGAGGCAUCAUAUAUGUAAAUUGCCUCUCUGUCAGGUCAAUCCAUUCAUUUUGCACCUUUUUUUUUUCGUUGCCAUAAAUCUACAAGCACCUUGACACACAAACGCUUGUAACAGUCACUUAACAACGCACUUACGCACUAAUUAAGUCUCAGACGUUUAAAACUCUUUUCAGAAAUAUCGCGAGAUUGUAAUCUAGUUUGGUUAUGAAAAAAUAAGACACAGGGACUCUAAACAUCCAGAUGCCUAUUUUUGUAUCGGCUGUUCAAAUAGAGUUUAUAGCAAUCCUACUAUUUUUCAAGAGAUAUAUGCGUAUAUCGUGGAGGUUUCAAGACAUAAGUUGAAUUCAGGUGUCAAAAGUGAAAAGAAAAAAAAAAAGAAUAUAUAUAUAUAUAU